AGAGUGAGAGUGAAAGAGAGAGAGAGAGAGAGAGAGAGAGAGAGAGAGAGAGAGAGAGGGACAGAAAGCGUAGGGUAGGGGGUAAUAACAUUACGUAAGCUGGCUCCUGGAAAUAUUUACCCCUCAUUUGCACACCAUGCUUGGAGUUGAUGCCUUACUCACCGUAAAGUACAACAUUGCUCGGCACCACACAUGGGGUUUUAACACAUUUCCAGGUUACCACAGGGGGGAAAUCCACGGUAGUUUUCUCGCUUCAAAAAGGUUACAAAGGUUGACACUAUUUAAUGGACACAUCAUAUAGUAGGAGAGAAUAUUGACAAUCACCAUCUUAAACAUAACUUGGUGAAUUAUAAAUGGAGUCUAGUUUAAAACCGUCUGGCAACUUACACAAUGAUCCAUCUGCACCAGGUGAAAAUGAGUAUCCUUCUGGAUUUCCUCAAAGUAUUUGCGAUGAUGUACCCCAGCAGAAGUACCUGUGCAGCAACUGUAAUAACGUACUGAACGAGGCACGUCAGACGUUGUGCGGCCACCGCUACUGCCUCGCUUGUGUCAGUUGGUUAGUGAGUAAUAACAACAACCUUGUUUGCAAGAUGUGCAAAGAAGAAGAUCCGAGCUCAGAGAGUGAAACAAGCAUACUGACAUCAGACAAUUUAUUCAGUGAUGCAGCCAUCAAUAAGGAGAUCUUGGAGUUGAAAGUGCAUUGUGCUAACCAAGGUUGCUCCUGGAGGAGUAUUCUCAAGGAUUUUGAGGAGCACCAGGGGCAGUGUGAGUAUGCCCUAAUCCCCUGCAACAUAGGCUGUGGUCACAUGGUGCUGCGAAAGGCCUUGGCCUGUCACCUGGAGAAGGCCUGUCCAAACAACAUGUCAGUGUGCCCCGCAUGCUGCCACUCUAUGCGCCCCAUAGAGCUACAGACACACUCAUGUCACAGUCUUGGAGAGGAAAAAGCUGAUAAAAAACAAAGGAAAGGAAAGAGUAAUCCUCUUCCAGGUUCCAAGGGGAAAGAGUAUUGUGUUUUCUCUGAAGUUGGUUGCACAUUUAAGGGGACCACAGAGAAGCUGAGAGUGCAUGAGAACAGCAGCCAUGUUGGCCACCUUCAGCUCCUGCUGCGUGCCGCCACCACCACCAGCAGUGACCUGCAGGCCUCCCCACUAACAGCCCCUGCCCCAGGCAAGGAGAACAGGGCUAUGGAUGAGCAGCUGCCCCAUCUCAGAGACACUCUGUCUGGCCUGAGACUCCAUUGGGACAUGGGACUAUCAAAGGGGGAGGGGGAGCUGGAGAUGGAGAUGGAAGGAGGGGACGGAAGGAAUAGCUCGGCUGCUCAUAGCCUGCGAGAUGAUGACCAGGUGACCAUACUCUUGGACCUAGGUCGGCAGAUAGACACACUGCAGCAGAGGGUCCAGAUAUCUGAGAACAUCAUCUCCGUCCUGAACAGGGAGGUGGAGAAGACCCAGCUGAGCAUGAAGGCUGUGGAGAGGGAGAACCAGAGCAACCAGGAAAUGAUUUAUCACUUAGAAAUAAAGGUGACAGAGCAGGAGCAUAGAAUGGCCAGGAAAGAUCUGGUCAUCAGCUCCAUGAAACAAAGUCUCAGCGCCCACCAGGAGGUCUCUUAUGACGGCACCUUCAUCUGGAGGCUGUCUGACCUCAGCACCAAAAUGAAGGAGGCUGUUUCUAGCCAUGGGAUAAGACCAAACCUGUAUUCUCCAGCGUUCUACACAGCCAGGUAUGGAUUCAAGGUGUGCAUGAGGCUGUACCUGAAUGGUGACGGGGUGGGAAAAGGCACUCAUAUCUCCCUUUUCUUUGUGAUCAUGAAGGGGGAGUAUGACCUACUCCUCUCAUGGCCAUUCAAGCACAAGGUCACCUUCUUCCUGCUUGAUCAGAAUCACAAAGAACACGUGAUUGACGCCUUCCGGCCCGAUCUAACCUCCUCAUCCUUCCAAAGGCCUGUCUCGGAUAUGAAUGUGGCCAGUGGUUGCCCGCUUUUCUUCCCUCUUGGUAAACUUCACUCGCCUAAGCAUGCCUACUUGAAAGACGACACAAUCUUCAUCAAGUGUGUUGUUGACACUUCAUCCUGAGCCAUGCUUCAAAUGAUCUAUCAAAGGA